AUGGCGCCUGCAGCGGCUUCGUUGCCGCUACAACAACAGCGCCUUAGCUCUGCUAUGGUGGCGAGGCAGUUCCUCGUCGGGUUUUGGGCAAGUAGCGCCAACCUUUCUCAGAAUGAAGCACUGCUUUUUAUCAACUUCUUUGAACUUUCAGCUAUAUACCUUGGUCGAGGAAAUCAUGAAAGCAAGAGCAUGAAUAAAAUAUAUGGUUUUGAGGGUGAGGUCAAGUCCAAAUUAAGUGAUAUGUUUGUGGAACUCUUUGCGGAAGUGUUCUGUUGUUUACCUUUGGCUCAUGUUAUAAACGAGAAAGUUUUUGUGGUUCAUGGAGGCCUUUUCAGUGUUGAUGGUGUGAAGCUCUCUGACAUAAGAAAAAUUGAUCGGUUCUGUGAGCCUCCUGAAGAGGAUUUUUGCAACAAGCUAGAUUUAGUAGUGCGGUCACAUGAAGUGAAAGAUGAAGGUUAUGAGAUUGAGCAUGAUGGUAAACUUAUUACAGUCUUUUCUGCUCCAAACUACUGUGAUCAGAUGGGAAAUAAGGGUGCAUUUAUUCGUUUUGAAGCCCUUGAUCUGAAGCCAAAUAUCGUUACUUUUACAGCAAUGCCACACCCUGAUGUCAAGCCAAUGGCAUAUGCCAAUAACUUUCUUCAAAUGUUUUCGUAAUGCAUCGCCAAACUUGAACCGCCAUUCUGUUUUUACUACAGAAGUACAAUGUGGUCACCGAAAGUGGUUGAAGAAGAGUUGGUUUAUGACACGGUAAACAAAUUAACCCUGAAUCUUGGAACUCUUGUGAAUUUCCCUUGUAUGGACUUAAAAAUUUAGAUUAUGUUGUAAAAGUCAACUUAAGGAAUGACAUUGUUUACGAUGAAGUGAUGAACAACCACUUAAUUGUAUUCGUAUUUAUUUUGAUGUAUGACAAUGUUGUCAGAUUUUCAUUUGCUGUGAAUAUUU